AUGUGUUUACUUGUUGAUCCGCAGCAGCUGGCACAAUACGCCUUGUCCAUGAGCCUGUACCGUGCACGGUAUGCCAGAGCCUACGUCCUCAAGGUGGCAGGAGAGCUCAAGAAGCUCAGGGCCCGGGAAUACCAAGUCGUGCAAGACUGCUUGGAGCAGAUCAAUGACAGUGUGGACCAACUGAGUGGAUCUAUCAAGGAACUACGUCGUUUUGGCCAAGAAACUGUGGGGGAUGACUUGAUUUGGCACAUAAGUAACGUGGAGACUUGGGUGAGCACAGCUUUGACUGAUGCAUACACUUGUGUGGAUGAGCUGCCGGUGAAAAACUUGAGCAAGUUAAAGGCUACGAUAAAGGGGAAGAUCGUGAAUGUGGCUGAGGUGACGAGCAACGCGCUUGCUUUGUUUCAUAGAUUUGCUGCAAGGUAUCGAGCUGCAAACAAACCUUAGAGGGCUAGGGUUUUUUUAGGGCUCGUGCGUUUUGUUCUUGUGUUGUGGUUGUUUAAUCUUCUUGUUCUUUGAUGUGUUUACUUGUUGAUGUAUGUUAAUAUAAAUGCAUGAAUACACACAGUCAAUCCUAUGAAGGGAUGUGAAUACCA